CGGGCGGGGAGGGGGACCCCGCCCCCGCCAGGCGUGUGUGUCGUGUGUAUUUGCGUCCCGCGCGUGUUGCGCGCCCUCCGCCUCUGUGCCUCCCGCCCCCGAGGCCCGGCUGCUGCCCCAGCACCCGUUGCCCCGCCGAGUGUCGCGGGCCAACAUGGGCCAGGAAGAGGAGCUGCUGAGAAUCGCCAAAAAGCUGGAGAAGAUGGUAGCCAGGAAGAACACGGAAGGGGCCCUCGACCUUCUGAAGAAGCUGAACAGCUGUCAGAUGUCCAUCCAGCUACUCCAGACAACCCGGAUCGGAGUCGCCGUGAACGGGGUUCGGAAGCACUGCUCAGACAAGGAGGCCGUGUCCCUGGCCAAAGUCCUCAUCAAAAAAUGGAAGCGGCUGCUGGAAUCCCCUGGGUCCCCCAAAGGAGGAAAAGGAGAGGAAGGAGAAAAAGCCAAGAAGAAAGAAAAAGAACUCGCCUGUUCCAGCUGGAAGCCAGAGGCAGGCCUUUCUCCACCAAGGAAGAAACAAGGGGACGAGCCCAAAGACAGGAGAGACUCUGUGGAUUCCAAGUCUUCAACCUCCUCCUCUCCAAAAAGACCAUCGAUGGAAAGAUCAAACAGCAGCAAGUCAAAAGCAGAGACCUCCCCUAGGACCCCCACCAGCCCCUCGAGCCCCAGCUUCGCCCCCUCCGUCUGCCUCCUGGCGCCCUGCUAUCUCACUGGGGACUCCGUCCGGGACAAGUGCGUGGAGAUGCUCUCAGCGGCCUUGAAGGCAGAUGAUGAUUACAAGGACUACGGCAUCAACUGUGACAAGAUGGCAUCAGAAAUCGAAGAUCAUAUCUACCAGGAGCUCAAGAGCACAGACAUGAAGUACCGGAACCGCGUGCGCAGCCGAAUCAGCAACCUCAAGGACCCCAGGAACCCUGGCCUGAGGCGGAACGUGCUCAGUGGGGCCAUCUCCACCAGCCUCAUUGCCAAGAUGACAGCGGAGGAAAUGGCCAGUGAUGAGCUGCGGGAGUUGAGGAAUGCCAUGACCCAGGAGGCUAUCCGUGAGCACCAGAUGGCCAAAACAGGCGGCACCACCACCGACCUCUUCCAGUGCAAGAAAUGCAAGAAGAAGAAUUGUACCUACAACCAGGUGCAGACACGAAGCGCUGAUGAGCCCAUGACUACCUUCGUCUUAUGCAAUGAGUGCGGCAAUCGCUGGAAGUUCUGCUGACAGACCUGCCAGCCAGGAUUUCAGUGAGCAAGGUGAGGAAGAACAAAGAGAAAGCACUAAGCCAUCACAACUGGAGAAAAAAUAAAAAUGAAACUGGAAAAUAAAAAUGCUGAACUCUGAAUGGGGUACUAGGGAUCAGAGGGAGAAUCCUUUUGCAAAUUAACCAUAGGUCACUGAUAAUGAUCGGCUCCCAGAGGGAGCCUAAUUGGGCUGCCAUGCUAAGAGGUGUCAACUCUUUGACAGUAGCUGCCAGACCUUUGCUUUGGGUCCCUUCCCUCACAUCCAAACCUCCCAGCCUUUUUUGAAUUGAAAAAUAAAAAACUGACGCAAGUCUUACUGCGCCCCACCCCAGAGUCACGCACGCAGAACCCUUGGCACGCGAUUUGGCUCAGGCAGACAUGACUUCCAUGCCAUGUAGGAAGAUUUUUUUCCCCUACUCCACAUCUUUUCCCAAGCUCUGUUACUCCCUGUUCACAGCUGGCAUCGGGGCCUUUGAGGCAGGGAGCGGAUCAUCUUGAACUGAGUCUUUCUGCCUGAAGGGUAUGGUGGUGCCCCUCAGUUCCAUGGCCCCUGGAAGGUCCUGAGCCCCAGAGUCUGCCUUGGCCCUGGCAUUGCGUCCUCCCUGCGCUGUCUGGGGCCCAAGGUCCAGAAAAAGUCUGCGGGGCGAGGGUCCUUGUCAUGCUUCUGCCAUGGUGACAUCAGCUUACUUUUUCAGCUGACAGGAAGGUGCCUUAGGCAAAGCUGGAGUCUUCUGGGAAAGGCCUGGGAGCAGGUCUGGGGGGCCUGUCCGGGCUCUCCUCCUAUGACUGUCCCUGGCCUUCCGGCAGUCCCAGCCUAAGCCUCCUGGGUGCUGUGCUCCCUAAACCAGCUUGUGUGCAGGAGCCCGUGAGCUCUUGGGAGCCUGGGCAGGUCACUCACCCUCUCUGAGCUGUUCCCCUACUUGUAAAAACAGGAGUGGUCUAGCACCUACCUCGUAGGGUGAUUGUGCAGAGGCCGCUGGGUCUCCAUCUGCCUUGGUACAGCCUUAGGGCAGCUGCCUGGAGGAACUUCAGCCCGAGUUCUUUACAUGCCCUGAGCAUCACCCACUCUGAAUUGGUGACCACCUGCCUCCUCCCACCCACCAAGUACCUCCUCCUGGAUGAAUCCUGUGAAUAAACCGUGUACAGAAAUCUGC